GCGUGGGCGUGUUUGGGAGCUGCAGGUGUGUCCAGGUGUGGGUUCGUUGGGUCAGCAGAGGAUUUAACGGGACUUUGUGUCGGUUUGAGUUGUUUUAAAGGAGGAUGAAGACGCUGGUGGUGUUCCUGCUCCUCAUGAACGUUUCCCAGCAUGCCUCGGCUCUGGAGGUGUAUGAGGGGGUGGAGUCUGUCCUGCUGCUCUGCAAGGCCCCUUCUGUACCUCUGGACCCCACUCUGGUGUGGACUCGCCACGACCUCAGUCUUCCAGUCGUCCACCAGCGUAGCCUCACAGGAGAUGAACUGACAGACCAAAACCAGCGUUACAGGAGAAGAACAUCCAUGAAGACAGACUCUCUGAGGACCGGAGACUUCAGCCUCACUCUGAGGAACCCCAUCACCUCUGACAGCGGCACCUACACCUGCACCAUCACUGCAUUUGGAAACACACGGACACUGACAGCAGUAGAGCUGCAGGUCAAAGUGUCCCACCCAGUCUUCACCCUGGAGGUGUACGAGGGGGCGGAGUCAGUCCUGCUGCCCUGUCACAUCCCGUUUGUAUCUGGACCCACCACAGUGGUGUGGAGCCGCUACGACCUCAAUCCUCCAACCGUCCACCAGCGUCAGCAGGAAGAGGACGAGCUGACAGAUCAAAACCAGCGUUACAGAGACCGAACAUCCAUGAAGACUGACGCUCUGCAGACUGGAGACUUCAGCCUCACUCUGAGGAAACCACACAUCUUUGACAGCAGCAACUACACCUGCACCAUCAGAGUGACGGAAGAAGAACCCAGACUGACAGAUGUUCAGCUGCAGGUCAAAGAGCCGUACACUUUCCCAGCUGAGGCCUCGGUGAUCCUGGCUGUCCUGGCCGUCGCUGCCAUUGUGGGUCUUGGAGUGUAUUUAUGGAAACUCUUCUACAGAGUCCCCCAGGUGGAGGUGGAUUCAGGGGUGGACUCUGUUCAGCUGGCCUGCAAAACCACACAUCACCUGCCUGAAGACGCUAAAGUGGAGUGGAAGGACAGUAAUUUUGAAAAGGUCCACGUGUAUAAGAACGGCUCUGACCAGCCUGAAGAACAGCACCAGGUUUACAGAGACCGAACGAAGAUGAAUGAAGACCUGCUGAAAACUGGAGACCUCAGUCUGACCCUGGAGAGACCCACAGAUGGAGAAGCAGGCAAAUACACCUGCACCGUCUACAACAAGGAGAGAAAAAUCCUGCUGAAGAAAAGGGUGGAGCUGCAGUUCAAAGUCCCCCAGGUGGAGGUGGUUACAGAGGUGAAGUCUAUCCAGCUGCCCUGCAAAACUACAAUUCACCUGCCCAGAGACACAAAGGUGGAGUGGAUGGUCAAAAGCUCCAAGAAGGUCCACGUGUAUCAGAACGGCUCUGACUGGCCUGAAGACCAAGACCAGAGUUACAGAGGCCGAACAGAGCUGAGGAGAAACCUGCUGAAAACUGGAGACCUCAGUCUGACCCUGAAAUACCCCACAGACUGGGACACAGACACCUACACCUGCACCGCCUACAACAACAGGAAGAAGAUCCUGAUCAAGAAGGAAGUGGUGCUGAAAGUCAAAGUCCCCCAGGUGGAGGUGGAUUCAGGGGUGGAGUCUGUCCAGCUGCCCUUCAACACCACACUUCACCUGCCUGAAGACGCUAAAGUGGAGUGGAUGGACAAUUAUACAAGUUAUAACAACAGAAAGGUCCACGUGUAUGAGAACGGCUCUGACCAGCCUGAAGAACAGCACCAGGUUUACAGAGACCGAACGAAGAUGAAUGAAGACCUGCUGAAAACUGGAGACCUCAGUCUGACCCUGAAAUACCCCACAGAUGUAGACAACUACACCUACACCUCAGAGUCUGAUGGAUUUGAUGAGACCAUGAGAGCGGCUUCAGUUCCUCAUCAGAAAGAGUCUGACAGAAGCUCCUCCUCUAUACCCCAGUAG